GGAAUGGAACAGCCAUCACAUUCCCUCCGCUAUGUUCGAACAGGAAGCAGGGGACAGAUAACAGAAGAGUGAGUAAUGGAGUGAGAAAGGUAGAUAGAUCCGAAUCACCACACGAAGAAAGGACUGUGAUUGGGAAGAGGUGAAUGGAAAUUCGGAAAGUUGUGGAUUAUUGUACGUUGGGAUAACGCAAGACAAAGUGCGGAGCGGAGGGGAUACCUCGACUCGUCUGGAUUCUAAUUUUCGAUUCAAAGGAGAAAACCUCAGCCGUUUAUACCAAGAUUGUGAAAUUACAUGUGUGUUCGUCAGUGGAUGCUGGCUUAUCCACGCUAACUGCUGACCAUGUAUGAGGUUUUUUGUUUCUAGAGGUUGUGAAUGUUAUAGGUUUUUUAAUUGGAAACACCGAUCUCGUUUUCUGUGAGGGUCGCUCACCUUGACAAACAUGGCGGCUUCCAUGAACCGAUGCGUCUGCAAAGCAGCGUUUCUCCUACAUUCCUUUCUGGUCUUUGUGAGCUCAAUCCAUGGAUUACGUUCUCAGGAUCACAAUAUAAUAUAUAUGCAAGAUGUGGAUUUCAAUUCCGAAAUAAGCCCUUAUUUGACACAUCACCGUCACGCCAGAUCCAGACCAUACCACGAACGAGUGAAGCGAGAUGCGACACUUGCUUUCCAAAGGACUCUAGCCGAAAAUAUCACUUUUACUGAACCAAUUUUCCAACUAAGCACACAGGUUAACGGUCCCCAUACAUUUGAGAUUGUUUCGUCAACAGUUGAUAUGCUCACUGUGGGUAGUACAUCUGGAAAUGUGGUGUUGAAGCCUGGUAGAACAUUUGAUUAUGAAGACGAUACACAACGGAGCAUUCAGCUCGUUAUCAAAGCAACAAACCAAAAUAACAUCACAGAUGUGACACAGAUCACAUUAACACUGACAGUAACAGAUGUGAACGAUGCCAACCCAGAGUUCAAGAAUAAACCCUAUCCAUUCCUGACUACUGUGGGGCCCAACACUCCCCCCAAUGAAGAGGUGUUCCGGGUUGUUGCUGAGGACCCGGACACAAACUCCAACAUCUCCUACAGGAUUGACUCCGGUGGAAAUGGCAGGUUCUACAUCAGCACUGAGACUGUCCCCUUGGAUGGUACAUUCAUCAAGGUCGGAAACAUCUAUACCAAAGGUCAAGGACGAUUUGAAGAUGGCCGAGAAUUCAACUUGGUUGUGUUCGCAAGUGACGACAAUGCCACACCCCCACAAUCUACCAUGGCUAAUGUUUUUGUGAAGGUUGGACUCAGACCGCCACAGUUCUACGAAAACCCAUUCAGAGGAACUGUCCGAGAAAACAAUGGAAUAGAUCAAACGUUAAAUGGAGAGUUUAAGGUGGAAGCAAAGGCCUUUCAAGGUAACGCUAUCUCGUAUGAGCUGCGUGACGCCACAAACGCCACCUCUGCCCAGUUCUCCAUUGAUAGCAGUGGUGUUGUCAAGACAUUGCAAGUACUGGAAUUUGAUGUGCCCCGAGAACAGCGGCCGCCAAUCUAUGAGUUGAACGUGUUUGCAACAGAGUCUGUCACAAGCCUGCAGAGCACUGUUAAGUUGUUCAUAGAAGUCCUUGAUGACAACGACAAUUCACCAAUCUUUGAGCUGUCUAGGUAUUCUGCCAGGUUUCCCGAGGACCUACCUAUAGAUCAAACUGUACUGGAAGUGAAGGCUGUCGAUGAUGAUUCAGGAACCAAUGCUGAAGUGGCAUAUUCUAUCAGUCAUGAGAACUUCUAUGUGGUAACUGAGAACAGAACCACUCCUGGAGUUAGUGGUAUGGAGUACGUCGGAAUCAUCAAAGUGAAGAAACGCUUGGACUACGAUCGUUUGCCAGGCCACGUUUACAGCUUCACUGUGACCGCAACGGAUAAGGGGUCACCUCCAAACACUGGCACGACCAGCGUCCAAGUCUUCAUGACCAAUGUUAACGAUGAACCACCAGAGAUAAGUCUUGGAAACCAGAAGCAAGAUGUGCGUGAAGAUGCCAAAGUGGGAGAUGCUGUCACUGUCAUCCAAGCCAUUGAUUUGGACAAGGACUCUGUUGAGUUCUACUUCUCACCGCGACUGACAGACUUCAAGAUCUUCAGGAUCCUGCCAGCAUCUGGUCUCAUCACAUUGUCACAAACUGUGCCAGCUGACGUGGAUGAGUACGUGUUGAACAUCACCGCCUACGACGACGGCAGCUGCUGUGGUGGCUCCCCAAUCCUGUCCAGCGAAGCCUACCUGAAUGUGGAGAUCGUGGACAUCAACACACACAAGCCGUCAUUUCCGCAAUGCUCCACCUACAAUAAUGCCACCAUUCUUGAAGCGAAGCCACAAGAUACACAUGUUACAAGGGUUCAAGCAGAAGACAACGACAGGGGAGAAAAUGGCCGAGUCACGUACUCCAUUCUCAGAGCUCCCACAAACGUCCAAGUUAACUUCAGAAUAGAUGAAGACACAGGAGACGUCCGCAGUGCUGUACAGUUUGAUCGUGAAGUUAUUUCCUCCUAUACUGUGACCAUCAGAGGCGUUGACCAAGGUACCCCCCCACUGGAUGGCUACUGCACCUUCACUAUCAGCAUUGGAGACAUCAAUGACAAUAAACCGGUGUUUGAUCUCCAAAGUUACACUGCCACCAUCAGUCAGACCAUGGAUGUUGGUCGAUCUAUCCUUACCGUGAGAGCUAAUGAUGAGGACCUUGGCGAGAAUGCAGAGAUUGAAUACAGCAUGGUGGACAGCGAUGGUGGUGUUUUCAAAAUCGACACCGAGGCUGGCAUCAUCUUCCUGAACAAGACAUUGGGAACAAAACAGCAAUACGACCUGACAGUUAUGGCAAAGGACAAAGGCGUGCCUCCUUUAAACAGCACAGCGAGUGUAAGUGUGCGGGUCAUUGACCUCACCAGCCAGCCUCCUACAUGGAACAGGAAUGACUAUGACACCAACCCCUACACAGUGGACGAGACUGCCGUUCCGGGCCACAUCAUCGCUUCCUUCAGUGCCACUUCAAAUGUGGACAACCCCACUGUGUCUUUCUCCUUGAUUGCUGCAGAUGGCAGCCCAGUACAGUCUCUACCACCAUUCGGCAUCACCUCAGGGGGCGGCGUUGUCAAUCUCACAGUGUUUUCCGUUACCAUGGAUUUCAACGUGAAGAACCGAUAUGAGCUUCGUCUUCGGGUGUCUAAUCGUGGAUCAAUACCUCUGUCAUCUGAAAUUCAUCCCGUUGUGGAACUACGAGAUACCAACAACAAGGUCCCAUAUUUCCGAGGUUUGGAUUCCGCAACAGGAUUCUACCCUGGAAGUAUACCUGAAAACUCCCCCCCAGGACAGACUGUCAUUGAGAUAAAAGCUUAUGAUGAUGAUCCAACGUAUCCCAACAAUUUUCUCACCUUUGAGAUUGUUCCGAAAGUGAAUAUCUCUGACAAGUUCUCCAUCCGCAAGAUUGAUGAUAACACCGCUGUUCUGACAUCUAGAGCCAGUUUUGAUCGAGAAGAAACCAGUCAACUGUAUGUUGAUGUUAAAGUAUAUGAUGGUGUAGAAUCCUCCCGACCCGGACACACCCCAGGACAACCCAACACAGCCGUUGUCCCAGUACAAGUGCGUAUCACAGACAUGAACGACAACAGCCCCUACUUCGUGAAGUCUUUCUACAAUGCGUCUGUAAGAGAGGAUGCUCCAGUGCAGGAACAUGUCCUCAGUGUCAGUGCUCGGGAUCCUGAUGACGCCGCUGUCUUGACAUACACAAUCCGAGGUGGGAAUGAGCGGGGUGCAUUUGGUGUGUGGAGUAAGACAGGGAUCAUCUAUGUUGGGAGGCAGCUGGAUUAUGAAACAGAACAACAUCUUUACGACCUAACCCUGGAAGUAUCUGAUGGGAUUUACUCCAACACCACUCGUGUGAAUAUCCACGUCUCAGACGCCAAUGAUAACAGUCCUGUCUUCGUGACUGACCCAUAUGUCAUCUUGGAUGUUGUUGAGGAGGAUACCUCCAUCACUGCCAGCAACAAGAGGUUCUUAGUGCAGGUUAAUGCCACGGAUGCAGACAUUGAUCGACCGACCCAAAUCCGUUACUCACUGCUUGGGUUUGGGACUUCCCCACCCAACAAGUACUUCGAAAUUGAACCUGACACUGGCCGUCUGUACCUUCUGACCAGCUUGGACAGAGAUCUGCCCAGUGGGAGACCAAACUACCAGUUCAACAUCCGUGCCCAGGACGAACCUGACCCUUCACCUGGCUCAGCUGACCUUGACCGACCUCAGAUAGGAUUUGCGUCUGUUCAAGUAAAGCCAAUUGACAUCAAUGAUAACAAGCCAAUUUUCAUCUCCAAAUUAGAGGGAAGUGUAAUGGAGCACUCAGCACGAGGGAGCUCUGUCAUGACUGUGGUGGCCAUUGAUUAUGAUGAGGGCAUCAACGGGACUGUUAAAUACGAAAUUGUUGAGGGGCCAUCAGAUGGAUCGGACAUGAAGUUCCAGAUCCGAGAAAGCUCAGGUCUGAUUGAAACCAGCACCAACUCAUCUGGCCUGGACAGAGAAACCACGCCAACGUACACGGUCAAGGUGAAGGCCUCCGACCGGGGAGUGGUACCUCAGUCAACAGAGAAACAAGUGAUCAUCAACUUGGACGACAAGAACGACCAGGUCCCAGUGUUUGAGAAGCCUCUCUACAAGGUGACGAUGUCGGAGGCACAGACGUCGGGGGCAAUUGCCCGAGUGCGAGCUACAGACAAUGAUAUUGGAGAAAAUGCUCGUCUCGACUACAGAUUGAACAACUUCAUUUCUUUCUUUGAUGUGGAGGGUGUGAAUAAUGAGGGCAGCAUUGUUGUAUUCAGGGCUGUGGACUACGAGAAUCCAGACCAGCGUUUCUUCAACCUGACGGUGGUGGUCCAAGACCCUGAUCCAAGCCACACAGCCACAACCCACGUGGAGGUGACUGUAGAGGACUUCAAUGACAACGAGCCUGAGUUUGAACGCCCCAGGAUUGCUGUGGAACAGUUUGAAGAUGCUGCUGUGGGAACAUUCCUCGCUCACUUCUCAGCUGAUGAUAAAGAUAGUGGAAUCAACGCUGAUUUUGAGUACUCGGUGGACCGUAAGACGGAUCCAAACAAACUCUUCAGCAUUGACCAGUUGGGGAACGUGACAAUCAGAAACAUGUUGGACCGCGAGACAGAAAGUCAUCACAAAGUCCACAUAUUGGCCAUUGAUAAAGGUGAUCCUGCACAGACAGGUACAGGCACUCUGGAGGUGACGGUCAAAGAUGUCAAUGACAACUUCCCCAUCUUCGCCAAGCCUUAUCACCCCAUUGUGAUGGAGAAUGCAGCUGUUGUACCGGAACUAGUUAUCAUCGUCAACGCCACGGAUUUGGAUGCUUUUCCAUUUGGCGAUCCAUUUGGAUUUUCCGAGCCUACAUGUUCUGAUGGAAGCAAUAGCUGCCCUUGUAGUAGCAAACCUACCUGUACAGACUUCAGUCUUGUAUUCAAUCCAGAUGGUGACAAUAAAAAAGGCAAUGCAGGCAUCUCCACUAAAAAAGUGUUUGACCGUGAACAGCAGAAGUUUUACUACAUGCCUAUUGUCAUGUGGGACAUGCGUGGUUCCGGAGAUCCUCGGGCUCAAACGGGAACCAACACACUCACCAUAGAGAUUGGUGACCUCAACGACAAUGUGCACAGCCCAGGACACAAGGAUAUCUUCGUCUACAACUACAAGGGUAUGUUUGGCCCUCUUGAAAUCGGUAACGUGUACGCCACUGACCCGGACGACUGGGAUGUUGUGGACAAGACCUUCAAGUACACCGGCCCAGAGUACAUGAAGAAAUAUUUCUCGGUGAAUGUUGAUACGGGCAUGAUCACCAUGGCCAAGGGGGUUCCCGGCGACAAUCCCUACUCGUUCACGGUGGAUGUGUAUGACAAGGUGUGGCAGAAAACCGUGCAGUCCACUGUUUCUGUCAUGAUCCGGGACAUCUCAGAGGAAGCCGUUUUCAGCUCUGGAUCAGUACGACUCCGAGGUAUAACAGCAGAAGACUUCGUGGCUAGACCAAAGAAACCCAAUGGUGGCAUCAGUGACUACGACCCAAGCAUGUACGACAAGUUCCAGGCCUUCAUUGCUGACAAGAUUGCUGUUCCCAAGGAAAAUGUGGAUGUUCUCAGCGUCCAGAACAAUGGAGAAUUCACUGAUGUCCGAUUCUCUGCUCAUGGCUCGCCGUACUAUCCAGCCAGCAAGAUGAACGCUGUUCUGGCGGUCAAUAAGGAUUCGCUUCAGAAAACUGUUGGUAUUGAGGUCGACCAGGUUCCCAUUGAUGAGUGUAAGGAUGAGAGGUUUGAAGGAAGCUGCUACAACUUCCUGAACGUCACUGGAAAACCAGCAAUGGUCAACACCAACGGCACCUCCUUUGUUGGAGUACAGAUGUUUGUGCAACCCACGCAGGGAUGUCGUUCGGACUUCUACCCCCCUAGCGACGAGUGUACGCCAGACUACUGCUACAAUGGAGGCACCUGCAAUAAAGAUGACUGGGGAGAACUUUCGUGUAGCUGUCUCCCUGGUUCCAACGGCCCCCGCUGUCAGGGAACUCAUCACUCGUUCGACGGCGGCAACUACGCCCUGUAUGACCCUCUGGAACAGUGUGAGUUCGGACGCACCAGUCUCCACAUCAUCACGCUGCAAGAGGACGGACUCAUCAUGUACAAUGGACCUGUGGAUGACUUUGCACCUGGCUCAGAUGACCCAACAGAUUUCAUCUCCCUGGAACUCAGUGGAGGCUACCCGAGACUCAGGAUUGACCAUGGAUCUGGUACUCUGGAACUCUAUGUGGAUGGCCGAGAUGCUCACGGUAUUGCCAAGAUGCAGAAACUCAGUGAUGGAAAGUGGCACAGGAUUGACAUUGUCCGCAAUGGGCAGCAAGUUGAGAUGAUCGUUGAUCACUGUGAAAGAGCUACAUUAGAACCUGGUGGUACAGUCUCCGAUGACAAGAUGUGUCGUGCAACGGGCACCACCCCAGGGGAAAAUGUCUACCUGAAUGUCAACACACUGCUGCAGCUUGGAGGCCGGUACUCCACCCCCAAUAAGCCCACUGGAAUAAUGCCCACCAAGUUCAAUGGCUGUGUCAAGAACCUGAUGCACAACAGCAGGCUCUACGAUCUGACAGUCCCUGGCAACCCAGGGUACCCAGCAGGGGAAAACACAUGCAGGCGGGAAGACGUCAUCUGUGACGAGAACAGCAUCAACGGCCCCAAGUGUGGUGAAAACGGCAUCUGCGAGUCCACCUGGCAGCCCGAUACCACCAUUUGCAUCUGCAAGCCUGGCUGGUUCGGGAACAAGUGUGAGAGAGUUGCAACUAUUAAAGAUUUAGAGCAGAACAGCUUCAUACAGUACCGCCUCAAAGACCAGUUCUUCAAUAAUGUCAGUUCUCGGGUGAUGAAGAUGCAGAUACUGUUCCGGACUCGGGACAGAGACGGAGUUCUUUGGACCAUCUCCACUUCCUCGGGCAACAUGGUGACCACACUACAGAUUGUGGAUGGAAUACUGACCCUGACCUACAAUAUGGGCAAUGGUAUUCGUAACCUGGAGUUGUCCAGACGCUUUGUGAGUAACGGGCAGUGGCAUACUGCCCAAGUGGAGCGUAAUGGCCGCGAGUUUGUCCUGAAGAUGGACAACAUGGAAGGUGCCAACUACAACUUCACAUAUGGCUUCCCUGACGACAAGCAGGAACUCCACAUGCACAACAUGAUGUUUGCUGGUGCCAUCGUGUCAUUCUCCAACAGCCUUCCCGUCCUGGCGUCAGAUCUGGAAGACACCUGCCUGCAAGAUAUCCGUCUCAACCACGAAUGGUUCCCCAUGGAAGUGUCAGAGCAGAUCCUCAGCAAUGCUGCUGAGAUUCAGAAGGUCAGCCAUGUCAAGGACGGCUGUGUACGAACAGAUUGUAUAGGCCACACCUGCCCCCCGGAACGAGUCUGCUACCCACUCUGGGGACACUACGAGUGCAGAUGCCCUGAACACUUCGAGGAGAUUGCUGGCGAAUGCCAGCGCAUCAACUACUGUGCAAAUCACCGAUGUUUUAAUGGUUCAACCUGUCAGGAAGACCUGUCGGAAGAGAAGAACUAUGUGUGUGUUUGUCCCCCUGAUUGGGUGAAUGAAUACUGCGACCAGGUCCGCCCCGCGGGACUCCUCGCAGGAAUCACCACAGGCGCCAUUGUUGCAAUUAUUGUUUCCAUCUUCGUCCUGCUUGUGUUGGCAGUGGCAAUCAUUCUGUUGGUGAAGUGCGGACGACGACCCAGCCCCGAUGACAAGUACAUCCUGGAGGUGGAUCCUGAAGACGACAUCCGUGAAAACGUCAUCAACUAUGACGAAGAGGGAGCAGGAGAGGAAGACCAUGAUGCUUACGACAUCCACCGACUCCGGAAGCCAGAUGCGGAAUCUCUCCACAAGCCCCCACUUGACACAAUGCCAAGGAGGGACAUGCCCAGGAGAAAUGCUCCUGGAGAGUCGCCAGAUGUUGGCAACUUCAUCGACGACAGAUUAGUAGAUGCAGAUGAUGAUGACAAUGCACCGCCUCACGAUGCAGUGCGGGAGUUUGUGUACGAGGGGGAAGGGAGCGACGCUGGCUCCCUCAGCUCGCUCAAUACAUCCUCCAGUAUCAGUGAACAAGACUAUGAUUACCUCAAUGAUUGGGGUCCCAAGUUUGCCAAACUGGCAGACAUGUACGGAGCAGGUAUGGAGCCUGGAGAGGAAGAUGUGUAAAAUGUGGAUGUGUGUGAGGACGCUCGAGAAUACCCUCAGGCACUCUACCCUAUGCUGGAAACAUGUAAUCACGUCUAAUUAAUGACAUUUGGUGGAGACUGUUCACCCAGGUUGCUUAUUAUGGAACAAAACAAAUGAUGAACAGUGCAUUCAUUCCAUCUGGGGAAGACUUCGCCAUUUGAUUAGAUUGACACAUGAAGUUACAUGAAGAAUGGAUUUUAAAAUUGCAACAAAAUCUGGGCACACUCUUCCAUGACUUAGGUGGCCUUACAUCGCAGAAUAUCAUCAUAUGCCAUGCCUAUUAAUUUUGCAAGCCUUUAGCUAUUCAAUGCUAUAAUGAAUGUUUUGCUUUUUAAAACAUAUAACCAGUUUGUGACAAAGGUGCAGGAUAACCCUCGUUUCAGCUGUGAAUAUAAUCCACAGUCCUAUACAAAUCUAGAAGCAGAUGAGAUCAUCAUUUUAGCUUUUGAUACCAGCUUUUUACCAAUAACACAUCAGGUAUUGUCUGUAGUCUCUAUUGUCGCUUUCGGAGGGAAUUUGUCCUUGAAAAAAGCUUUAUAUUUUUGUAUUUGUGGUGUAAUAUAUAUCUUCGACAUCCAGCCUAGCUGGUGAUGGUGUGAGCCACCAUUGACGCUGUCACUUCCUGUUGCAGAGUGUGUGUCCAGUGACUUUUUAUUUGUCUCAGUCUAGAAUUUAGAGUACUUGAAAACAACGUAAAGAGAAAAAGGAGGACGGUGUAUAGUGGGUAGUGUUUGCAGGUUAUGCUUGAUUGGAUCUAAACUGGGAUGACAUGUACAACCGCUAUGUGCAUUACUGUCCACUAUUUGUGUAUGAUACUUAUAGCACAAGCUGAUUUCUGUAACAAGAAUUUCGGAAAUAUUUCUUUCCAUGAAAAUAUACUUGGCUGUUAAAAGCUAAUGCAUGUGUGAGGUCAGUAUAAGUCACUUUCCUUACCAAUCAGAAAUCAGCAGGUAUAACUCAUUUUCCUGACCAAUCACAUCACCAUGUAUAAUUCUCUAUCCUGACCAAUCAGAAAUCCGCAGGUGUAACUUGCUUUACUGACCAAUCAGAAAUUAGCAAGUAUAACUUGCUUACCUGACCAAUCAGAAAUCAGCAGGUAUGUCUUGCCUUCCUGCUCAAUCAGAAAUCAGCUUGUACAAUGUUCAGCGUAAGUAGCACAGGACUUGCUUAUCCCAGCUUUUUCUUUUGUCAUUCAUUUCAGCUCAAUUAUGACAAUCCUUCAAAAUGUGCAAAUUCAUUUUCAAAACCUUCAGAAAGUGGUUUUCAUCAUUUCCAUUUAUGUUCAUGAAGUGUAUUUUUUUAGAACACUACAAACAUUCCCUACUAUACAAACCCCCAGUGAUUUGUGAUUCAUGUUUUAUUUGUGUAACCUUCCCUUGUUGUGUACAAAGAAAAACAGGUUAUGAUCCAUAGCAUAGACAAUUCCAUUAAUUAUUGUAUCUACCUGUGGUGUACAGAAACUCCUGUCAUUGAACUAGCAUCAUACUUGAUUUUGUAUAUAGUUAUCCCCAUUGUUCAUCCAUGAGAAGCAAAUGGGGACAUGCUCGGUCCAAGUGGCUUCAUCCUCCAACAAUGGCUGGGCAAUCAUUUACUGAAGCAGAGGACCAAGGCAAACAAGGCAGGCUUGGAAGAGGGCGAUGUUGUUCAGCUGUAGUGUUGUAUUGUAAGGGACUGUGGGGUAGCCCAGUGGUCAAGUGUUCACUUGUUUCACUAAUGGUUCUGGUUCUAUUCCUAUGUUGGUACAAUUUGUGAAUCCGUCUACUUGUUAUUUGUGGAUGUAGAAUAACUAAAUACUACUAAACAAAAAAUGUGAAGCAGUUCUAUGUUGAAAUGAAAUUGUAACAGUUGUGAAAAUGUUGUAAAAUUGUUAGUGGGUGUAACAUCGAAUGUCCCUCUCCAGCUGUCAGCCAACCCAGUUACAUUACGCUUUGUUUUGGGGAACAUUUACAUGAUCAACAAGUGCAGCGGGUAAAUUCUUCGAAAUCGUGCUCAUCAGAUUAAAUUUGCUUUACAGUCACUUCACAAGAGUGCAGGACACUGUUUAACAUGACUGCCGUCACAGGCCAUGCAGGACACUGUUUAACAUGACUGCCGUCACAGGCCAUGCAGGACACUGUUUAACAUGACUGCCGUCACAGGCCAUGCAGGACACUGUUUAACAUGACCGCCGUCACAGGCCAUGCAGGACACUGUUUAACAUGACUGCCGUCACAGGCCAUGCAGGACACUGUUUAACAUGACUGCCGUCACAGGCCAUGCAGGACACUGUUUAACAUGACUGCCGUCACAGGCCAUGCAGGACACUGUUUAACAUGACUGCCGUCACAGGCCAUGCAGGACACUGUUUAACAUGACUGCCGUCACAGGCCAUGCAGGACACUGUUUAACAUGACCGCCAUCACAGGCCAUGCAGGACACUGUUUAACAUGACCGCCAUCACAGGCCAUGCAGGACACUGUUUAACAUGACCGCCAUCACAGGCCAUGCAGGACACUGUUUAACAUGACUGCCGUCACAGGCCAUGCAGGACACUGUUUAACAUGACUGUGGUCCUGUUGAUGUUCUGAAACUGUCCAUACUGUAAAUGAACAUCUUCCUGUCAUCUGGCACUGGUCUGUCUGCAUUUGCUUCAUCCACAUAACUACUAUUUGACAUGUUCAUUCAUAUUUAUUCAAAUAACAUAAUUUCACCUCACCUUAAUAAUGUGUGACAUUAAUCUGAGUGAAAGGAUUUGUGUACUGUUGAUUUCACUUCAUUUGAAUGAUUGUGUCCAUUUAUGAUCGAACCAACAGUCAUGUUAUUGUAGAAAUCUGUCUAGCUGUCGGGGUAGUGGUUUCCAUGACAACUGCCAAGAUUGCUGAGUGGUUUCCCAUGACAACAGUGUGACAAAACAGACUUGUGGUGGACAUCAGUAGAGGUUUUACAUGGUGAGGUUGCAUUUUGUUGCCAUGACAACUGUUAAAUAACCAUUCAGUUUCCUUGACAAUGUUAUGGAUCAUCAGCACCCUCGUCACUCCUAUAUUUAGUUGUUUGUUAUGUCUGUGAUUAUAUAGAAGCAGAUUAAACUUAAUUGCACCUCAUUGUAGACGUUAUGGUAAUUAUCGGAGAUGUACAGUAAUUAUGAUGUACAUACAUUUAUGCUUCUAUUGGUAGUGAUGACAAGCAAAUAACUGUCAUGAUCUACGUCAUGAUAAGUCUCUGUGAUAUUGGCACGGUUUAAUCAAAUGCUACAAGGGUCAGCGAGAAAGUUGCCAGGAUGUCACUUCCAUCCCUUACGAAGCAGAGUUACCGCCUAAAUAAUUACAAACUUUCCAUGAACAUAUAUUUUUAAAAUGGAUAUUUCCCAAUGUGUUACUUGAACAAAUUCAUUCUUUUGAAAUUAAGUUGGAAAGACUAUAUAUAAAUACUUGUAAAUACAAUUAAGCAAGAUUAUCUUUCAGUUGACCUGUGUUAAUCUUUGAAAUUUGAUUUAAAUACUUUGUGAAAAACAUGUGUGACAGUAUCUUGGCACCAUCUCGCUGUGUCAGCUGCCGAUCGGAAUGUACUGGCAGUUGCUAUGACGACGUGAAACAUAUCAGCUGAUGGUGCUGCAGUAAGGUGCCAACAAUGGCCAGACUAACAACCUGGUCACGCUAGCCCAGACCAUGCUUGACCCGAUCUCAAACCAUGGACAGCAUUCAUCUUGGUGGCCAACAUCUCCCGAGGAAAAAUUUUCAGUGUUAAAAGCAUUAUUAAUAAAUAAAUCACUUCUCAUAGUUAAUUUUGAACCUGUCUGACCAUGGUUUGAAAGGGUCAGUGUUUAGUCCCCAAUAUCAAUAUUUAAUAUUCUUAAAUGACUAUUUUGUAUGAUAAAACAUUGUGACACAUAAAAAUUGUUGGUUGUGAAAUCAUGAUCAUUUGACCUCACACAGGUGAUUCAUGAUCAUCCAUUUCAUUAAGUCAUCAUUUUUUUUCAAUUUUGAAUAAAAAUGAGGAUCAAUUAAUAUA